AUGGUAGUAGCAUUGCGAAGUCACCCCGAAGUGGUCGGUUUGGGACAAAGUAGGGGCAGGCCCAUCGGCACGGCACCUCUCCAAGCGGAGCAUGAAAGUUGCCCUGUCGUGAUUGAUCAUGACUUCGUGCGAAAAAUUGACGGUCCCACCGGUGGCGUUUGCAGUCCUCGCUUAAGACUGCAAACUUGUCACGUGACGACUCAGCCACAGCGCUCGCUUCCUUCCUUGGCUCGAUUGCCAAUCGCGCUCCACCUGGACCUGGACCACCGACAAUCAGCACAAUCAGCACAAUCGGCAUCCAAGACCCGUUGGCCAGACGAUGGGUCUCGCUGGUGGUGUAUAUCAGUGAGGUAUGCAGCGCGCUAUGUCGAGGCCACGGAUCUCCUGGUUCCUAUUCAUAGGUUCCUAAAUGUGCUGCCAGGUUCAGGUGCGCUGGAGAAGCUCAUGAGUGCUCCGUUCAUGAUUAUAGCCCUCGAGACUCACCUAGGGAACUGCACGGGUAAACCCCUGGGUAUUGGAGGCCAUACCCGCACCCGCACCUGGCAAAAACCUGUACCCGCUCUGACGGGUACAGGUUUUUGGCGGGUACAACAAGCUCAGACCCGUACCCACACCUGCACCUGUGCAGGGUUUACCUGCGGGUACCAUAGGUGGUGUGUCGCGUAUGAUCGAAGUCGAAGAAAAUGGGGGCAGAGUCAGGACGGCGACUUACUGACAAGAUCCUUCCUUCCUCCUCUCGUUCCUCCUCUUUUCCUUCUCACUUCCUUCUCUUUCCCUUCUUUCCUCGUCCUCGCAUCCUCCCACGAGGUGGGAGCUGCUGGUGGCAUCCUGGAUGGAGGUGGUUGUUGCUGUGGGAAGGGAGCUGCUAGCGAUGGUGGUGGUGGUGCCGGCAUCGAGGAACGUGUGAAUGGUGGUGGUGGUUGCUGGCUGAGGGCGUCCGUUGACGUGCUUAGUGGCGUUAGAACGGGUGCCGGAAGAAUUGGCAUGGGGGGUGCAGUGAGUGCUGCCGAAUGCGAGGAUGCUGGUGGUGGUGUGUUAGCAGUACCCGUACCCGUGACCCGUGCGGGUUACCUGUACCCGUGCAGAUCCCUAGACUCACCAAAUCCCUGCACCAAGUACCAACAUGCUCUGUUAAUGGUUACAGGUAUGUGCCGUCUCUGUCCGGCCCCCAAGACUCACCAAAUCCCUGCACCAGGUACCGAUGUGCUCUGUUAAUGGUUACAGGUGCGCUGGAGAAGCUCUUGAGCACUCUGUUCAUGGGUUGGAGACAAGACAAUUAGAUUAUGUAGUGCAUACUUGUGUGUACAGUAGUAGAUUAGAAGAGAAUGUAUGGUUUAUAAUCAUAAACUAUUGGACAAAUGCCCGAGCGAGAUUGAAGUUACCUGUAGAAACAGCUAGGUAGGGAUAUAGUGGUAGACAGUGCAAAUUUGAUGGUGUGCCGCUGCAUGGAUGGGAUAUGUAGUAAGUGAUGAGUCCGGGGGGAUAUGAUAAAGAAACGUGCUCCUGAGUGCUCUUGAAUGGCACUCGUUGUAUACAAUUUGACAGUCGAAUCU